CGACACAGUCAGCAAGGAUGUAUAGUGAGAUCAGUGGGGAGUCGUGUGAAGAAAUGAUUGCGGAAUUACUUAGUCUCUUUUACUUCAUGUUUGCUUUUUCCACUAUAGCAGGGAACAUUGCCGGCUCUGUUCUUCUCAAUAACAACGACAACACCACAGAAAUACCUGAAGAUGAGCUUGACAAAUGUGGACCUGAGUUCUGCCCAGCUGUGUAUAAUGCAACAAAUGAUAACCUCUCAAGGCCUCCAGAAGAACUGAUCCAACUUCUGAUGAUAAUCUUCAUAGUACUCUGCCUGUCUGCUGCAUUGCUAAUGAUAUUUGCACUGGAGAAGCUGGACUAUGAGAAAAAGGCAACCAAAGAUGGGAAAGUCCCUAACGCACAAGAGGAGAAAACACCUCUAAUUCAUAGUGA